UCUCUGUCCUGUCUGGACUGGGUGUGUGUCUCUCUCUCUCUCUCUCUCUUGUGUAACUGGGGCUGUGAGAGUUGCAGGAGCUGUUCCCUGCCUGUGGGAAGCCCUCCCCGCCCUGCCCUGCCUGACUUGCGGACAGGAUCGGCUCUGAUGUCGGGAAUGGCGCUGAAUAUCCAGAGAUCCCGCCAGCGCCGGGAUGGGAUCGGCUCCUCCAGCUCGGCCAGCAAGUUCUUGCGGCAGGACUGGCAGGCUCUGCGGGAGCACUGUCUGCAGACCGGCUCCCUCUUCCAGGAUCCCGCUUUCCCGGCUGCUCCUUCCUCGCUGGGAUUCAAGGAGCUGGCUCCGGGAUCCUACAAAACUCGGGAUGUGAUGUGGAGACGGCCCAGGGAAAUACACUCAAAUCCACAGUUUUUCAUUGAAGGAGCCACGCGCACUGACAUCUGCCAGGGAGCCCUGGGUGACUGCUGGCUUUUGGCUGCCAUUGCCUCUCUGACUCUCAAUAAGGACAUUCUGCACAGAGUUGUUCCCAGUGACCAGUCCUUUGGGCCUGGGUAUGCCGGAAUCUUCCAUUUCCAGUUCUGGCAGUUUGGGGAAUGGGUGGACGUAGUGAUUGAUGACCGAUUGCCCACCAAGGACGAUGAGCUGCUGUUUGUCCAUUCGGCUGAGAACAAUGAAUUCUGGAGUGCGUUGCUGGAAAAAGCCUAUGCCAAGUUAAAUGGAUGUUAUGAAGCUCUCUCCGGCGGCUCCACUACUGAGGGCUUUGAAGAUUUUACAGGAGGUGUGGCUGAAUGGUAUGAGUUGAAGGAUGCUCCAGCAAAUCUCUUCCAAAUCAUUCAGAAAGCAGUACAGCGUGGUUCACUGAUGGGGUGCUCCAUUGAUAUCACCAGUGCAGCAGAGACAGAGGCAGUAACCAGGCAGAAACUGGUGAAGGGUCAUGCCUAUUCCCUUACCGGAGCCGAACAGGUGGGUCGAGAAUCAGAGAGGGAGCCAUCAAGGAGGAGAGGGAGGGUUCCCAAUGAGUAUAAGGGCGUGUCGAAUGUCCAUCUCCCCAAGAGUUACUUCCAGACACAUGGAUCCCGUGUCCGAUCGGAAAGUUUCAUCAACCUCCGUGAGGUGUCCACUCGAUUCAAACUGCCUCCCGGAGAAUACCUCAUCGUCCCCUCCACCUUCGAACCUCAGAAAAAUGGAGAUUUCGCCCUGAGGGUUUUCACCGAGAAUCGUUCCCAGACAGAACCCCUGGAUGUCGACGAGAUUAAGGCCACAUUUGAUGAGGAGGUAACAGCAUUGGGAAGGAAUUUCGAGGAUUUUGAUUGGGGUCUAAUUUUUCAGGUUGAAAAUUACUUUUCUCUCAUUCAGGGGCAAGAAAUUUCUGCAUUUGGUCUUCAGCGAAUUCUGAACAAAGUGGUUUCAAGUCGCUCGGACAUUAAAACUGAUGGAUUUGGCCUGGAAACCUGUCGCAAUAUGGUGAACCUCAUGGAUAAAGAUGGAAAUGGCCAACUGGGAUUGGUGGAAUUUAAGACACUGUGGGACAAGAUUCAGAAAUUUCUGAAAAUCUACAAGAAGAAUGAUCUGGACCAGUCAGGCACCAUGAGCUCCACUGAGAUGCGAGCUGCUGUGGAGGAAGCUGGUUUUCACCUGAAUAACCAGUUGUCCCAGAUCAUCGUGUCCCGAUAUUCCGACCUGGAUAACCUCACCCUCGAUUUUGACAACUUUGUUUCCUGUCUUAUUCGCCUUGAGGCCAUAUUCAAAAUGUUCUACUCUCUGCCCAAGGAUGAAGAUGGAGUCAUCGAGCUCAACGUCAACCAGUGGCUGAGCCUCGUCAUGGGCUAGUUUGGCUGUAGGUCGUGAGGACCAUCGCUGGAUCUGGGAUGUUCAGUCGGACCCUCGUGUGUGGGGCUAUAAUCAGAGUCUCCGUUCUGUCUGAGGGACACAUUCUCAUUUCCUGAGGGACUAAAGCUUUUCAGUUCUGGCCGUGUAUGUGGGAUCAGCUUCUUCACUGCUUGCUUCUCCUUCAGUGCUCAUCUCUGGAUCUAGCAGCCAAUGCCCUUCAGUCGGAUCUCCUGACUGGGUCCAAUCACUCUUAUAUCAUUCUCAGCAUGGCUUUGGGGGGUGGGGGGGGGGGGUCAGGUAAUUCUAGGCUCCUCUCUGUGGGAUAUGGUCUCUGUUAAUGUUUCUCAUUCAAUAAAAAGUUGAAAACUCAA